UUUCUCCGACACCACCAUUUUAAAGAGCUUUACCGCUCGGGUUUCUCCCAAGUUCCUAGGCUCUCUUUCUGGAGGCGGCGACGGCGGCGACCGGGGGAGAGGAAGAGAAGGAAGCGUCUGCAGCUUGAGCCAAUGCAGCUCUUCGGCUCCCCGGGUGGAGCGCCUCUGCCCCGAUGAGACCUCGCCGUGCGUUCCCAACUGUCCCCCGCCAGGAGUGGGGCAAGGAGACCAGCAGCGACGAUCGCUGCUGUUUUGCCCGUGGGAGUAGGAUGUGUUGAGACGAUGGGGUUUCUCCCUUCCGGGGCUCACAAUGGCCAGAGAAGAUUCGGUGAAGUGCCUGCGCUGCCUGCUCUAUGCCCUCAAUCUGCUCUUUUGGUUAAUGUCCAUCAGUGUGUUGGCAGUUUCUGCUUGGAUGAGGGACUACCUAAAUAAUGUUCUGACCUUAACGGCGGAAACAAGGGUGGAGGAGGCCGUCAUCUUGACUUACUUUCCUGUGGUUCAUCCGGUCAUGAUUGCUGUUUGCUGUUUCCUUAUAAUUGUGGGGAUGUUAGGAUAUUGUGGAACAGUGAAAAGAAAUCUAUUGCUUCUUGCAUGGUACUUUGGAAGUUUACUUGUCAUUUUCUGUGUCGAACUGGCUUGUGGUGUUUGGACAUAUGAACAAGAACUGAUGGUUCCAGUACAGUGGUCAGAUAUGGUCACUUUGAAAGCCAGAAUGACAAAUUAUGGUUUACCUAGAUACCGGUGGCUUACUCACGCUUGGAAUUUUUUUCAAAGAGAGUUUAAGUGCUGUGGAGUUGUGUAUUUUACUGACUGGCUGGAAAUGACAGAGAUGGACUGGCCCCCAGCCUGCUGUGUUAAGGAAUUCCCAGGAUGUUCUAAACAGGCCCACCAGGAAGAUCUCAGUGACCUUUAUCAAGAGGGUUGUGGGAAGAAAAUGUAUUCCUUUUUGAGAGGAACCAAACAAUUACAGGUGCUAAGGUUUCUGGGAAUCUCCAUUGGAGUGACACAAAUUCUGGCCAUGAUUCUCACAAUCACUCUGCUCUGGGCUCUGUAUUAUGAUAGGAGAGAGCCUGGGACAGACCAAAUAAUGUCCCUGAAGAAUGACACCUCUCAGAACCUGUCAUGUCACUCAGUAGAACUGUUGAAGCCAAGCCUGUCAAGGAUCUUUGAACACACAUCCAUGGCAAACAGCUUUAACACACACUUCGAGAUGGAGGAAUUGUAAAGAAUGUCAAAGAUGACCACAAACUUGUUUUAUUGGACUUGUGAAUUCUUGAGUACACACUUAUCAGUUUCAGAAAUUUAAAGAAAUAAAAAUGUUGCCACAAAAAGUUACCUAGGCAAAUAAUUGUCUGCCCUUUAAAAUGAAGAGUUUUGUAUCCUAAGUUACCACUUGGACAAUAAUGGAUAUUCUUUACAAGACUGAGGGCAGAUCUAAUAGCCACUUUAUGGCCUGUGUAAGAUUUUUAUUGAACAUCAUUAUGUUUUGAGGUGGCGUGGCUUGAUCAGAAUUUCUGCAUCCAUGUAAAAAAGCCACAUACGGUGGGAUUAGAGCUACAAUCAAGAACGGUGUACUCCUACCAGCUAGUAUAUAAAGUACCAAUUAAUUACUAACGUAGGAAGUUAGUACUAACGACUUUUAUUCAGUGCUAUAUUCUUUUGAGGCUGAAUAGAUUAUACAUACGAAAACUUUCAGGAUUGGCAACUACCUAAAUGUGAUUUUUACUGGUUACUAAAAUAUUUUUACCGCUUACAAGAACAAACUAAUACAUUGUCUUUUGCAGAUCAGGGAUCUAUGUAUAUAUAAGUCUGUGUUCAGUCUGUAUAAUUCAGUAGGUUUCAGUCCCUAUAAUUUUAAGAAUAGCAAUUGUGAAAAGGAUAAAUUCGUCCUGUAUAGCAGCACUAUUUUUAGACUUUCCUGUUAAUAGAGCUUUAAAAUUCUGUCUUGGAUUUAUGUUACAUACUUAAUUGUUAAUUUAAAUACUUAACCACUAAUUUUGAAAAUUACCAGUGUGAUACAUAGGAAUCAUUAUAAUUCAGAAUGUGUCUGGUUUCCUAGAGAGGAAGUAUUAACAAGAAAAUUCACACAUACUUAGUUGAUUCAGCAAAGUGGUAGAUGCUGUUUUUCUCCUAAACUAAGACUUUUUGACACUACACACUUUUUAAAGAACUUAUCUUUGCCUUCUCCAGGUAAGAAGCAAUAGUCCCUAGGUCAAGAUCAUUCUACAGAGAAAACUAUUUUUCUCCAGAAAAUGUUUGUAAGAAUCAUUAAAAUAAAUGAAAAUUUAACUAGAGAUUAUCUUUACUUUAUUUCACUGACUAAUAUACUUUGGUGAAUUACACAGAUUAUUAAAUUUUUUACAAGAGUAAAAUAUAUUUAUUUGAAAUGGGAAAAGUGCAUUUUACUGUAUUUUGUGUAUUAUGUUUAUUUCUCAGAAUAUGGAAAGAAUAUAAAACAAGAGUCAAUAAAUGUUUUCUAGAGAGUAA